AGGUGGGGAGCUGCACAGACGCACACACGCUCUGACUGGCUCUCUAAAUCCACAUUGCUAUCACCACUGGAUCCUUUGCAGGCACUGCCUCUGGGGCUGGGAGAUACACACACACAGAGAGGACUGUCAUGCUGUCAGAUACACGCCAACAGCACAGCAGCUGAACCCAGCAAGGGCAGCCGGCUGAGGAUUCGCUGUGCUACUUCCAAGCAAGAGGCAGAAGGAGGGGAAAGAGAGGCGUUUUGCUGCGAGAGAGGGCAGGGGAGCAGUUCUCUGGGCUCCUGGGGCUUGUUGUUGUUAUCGUUCUCGGCUUGUUUUUCGAGCUGGGAAACCAUGCGGGAUUCCUGGAAGAGGCUUCCAUAGGCUGCCGUGCUAUCUUAUUGAGCUCGUACUUGACCCUGCCAUGGCUCGGCAGGCGUGAGGGCACAUUCCAGGCAGAUGCUGUUCCACUCGGGUGCCUGUGCCCAGGACUAACCCAACCUGCAGCAGGCGAGUGUGCAGAACCGGCAGGGACUGGAGUUCAGCUGAGGGAGAAUCUGACCCACAGCCCAGCCUAGGAGCCCAAAGGGAUGUGGAAACACAGAAUCACUGGACUCUGUGCAUGACCCGGCCCUUCCCACAGGCGACGGAAUGGAAAGGUUACAGAAGCAAUCUUUGACCUCCCCUGGGAGCGUCUGUUCCUCCCGAGGGUCCAGCGUCCCAGGAUCGCCCUCCAGCAUUGUGGCCAGAAUGGACAAUGAGGUUCUGGGCUAUAAGGACCUGGCAGCCAUUCCCAAGGACAAGGCGAUCUUGGACAUCGAGCGCCCUGACUUAAUGAUCUAUGAGCCCCAUUUCAGCUACUCCCUCAUGGAGCAUGUGGAGUUGCCGAGGAGCCGAGAGCGGUCCCUGUCCCCCAAAUCCAUCUCUCCUCCUCCUUCUCCAGAAGUCAUCCGGGACUGGAUGGAAAACAAGUCCCUAGGAAGUGCCUCCCAGGCAGCUAGUCGCCGGACCAUGAGCACAGCCCGGAGCGGAGUGCACCACUUCCACCGACCUGAGACCAACACCAUGGAGUUUAACAUAUACAAGAAGCCGCCGAUCUACAAGCAGAGAGAGCCCUUAACGGGAGCCCCACAGAGCAAGCACAUGAUAGAAGACCAGAUCAUUGAGUGCUCCAAGUUCCCAGCAGCCCAGGCCCCGGACCCCAACCAGCCAGCCAAGAUCGAGACAGAUUAUUGGCCCUGCCCUCCCUCCCUGGCAGUCGUAGAGAAGGAGUGGAGGCAGCGGAUGGCCUCCAAGAAAGGCAUGGAAGAAGAGGAGGAUCUCACAGAGGAAAUGACUAACCUGCGUGAGCUACAGAAACAGGAGCUGAGUAAGGUCACCUCAAACCUCGGGAAGCUGAUCCUGAAGGAGGAGAUGGAGAAAUCACUUCCCAUCCGGAGGAAAACCCGCUCGCUCCCAGACCGAACGCCCUUCCACACCUCUCUGCACCUGGGGAAUUCCAGAUCCUGCACCCUUCCUGCCUCUGGGAGAAGCACCCUCACCAGGCUGCAGUCAGCAGAGUUCAGCCCAGCCAGCAGCGAGAAGGGGAGCCCAGACCUGCAGAAUGGCCAGCGGGGAAGGAUGGACAGAGGGAACUCCCUGCCCAGCAUGCUGGAGCAGAAGAUUUACCCCUAUGAGGUGCUGACGGUGACGAACAGGGGUCGUGUGAAACUGCCUCCAGGAGUGGACAGAACAAGGCUAGAGAGGCACCUGUCCCCAGAGGAUUUCCUGCGUGUAUUCGAGAUGUCCCUGGAGGAGUUCAGCAAGCUGGCCCUGUGGAAGCGGAAUGAGCUGAAGAAGAAAGCUUUCCUGUUCUGAGCCGAGUGCCCAGCCUGAGCCAACCCUAGCCGUGAUCUCAGUUAGUGUCAGACACAAUCUCGCAUCACAGCUGCUUUAGGGCUACUGAGCCAGUUUUAACACCUGCCUCCCAUCCCCGAAGCCCCUCAGGCACAUUGAUCCCUCAUUCCCAGUUUUGCCUCUCACUGAGGGAUAUCAGAGAGCCUCACCCUGCCCAAACCUUUCCCCUCACAAACCCGAGGGGGCUGCUGGCAAUGCUGGUGGGCUACUCAGUCUGGGUCAGACCUCUUUUAAUGGAGCCAGGGGAGGGAGAGUUGAAAAAGUGGAAGAAGGAGCAAGCAAACCCUUGUCAGCCAAAGUCCCUAGGUUGGGUGAUGUGUAGGGGCUUAUCGGGGGCAGGGCAUCAGUGUCCCUCUUUGCCUGUUGGGGUCGCAGCUGGUUCAGCCAGGAUGGGAGCCAUAGCUACUGGAGGGGGCUCUGGCAAGGGCCCUGGCUCAGCUUGGGGAAUGGACAGGACAGGGACACACCAUAAUGCUCGGCUGCUGGAUGCAUGUUGAUUUAGGUGUAAGGGAAGACAGGGCUGCUUCUACCUUGCUGCUGGGCCCUGACUGGCUCCCCCACUUCAGGACCCUGCACCCAGCCUUACUGCUUCUCUCGGGGCCAGCCUCCCUCCCUGUCAACACUGGGCAGGGCGCAUGUAUACAUCUGAAUAGCUGUAACCCUGACAUGGGCCAUGGGGGCUGCCGAGUGUUGCCAUGGCUGUGUUUCUGAGUGUCCUUUCAGCAAUGGGGUUGCCAUUUGCCUAGAGUAGGCUCCAAAGAGCCAUGAUCUUCAUUAGCAGCCACUCUCUAUGAACCCACCCACAGUCGGGGCCCCGUCCUCAUAAUCAAACACCCUUCAAUGGAGCUGGGAGGGGGCGCAAGAACCUCUCGUUGGAGAGAAACUGGAGAAUCAGAACUAACCCUUCUGAGGUCAUCUCUGUCUCGCUCUUGCUCGCUUCUGGCCUCUCCCUCCCCACUCCCACCAUCCCUCCCCCUAAAUUCAAUCCCUAGGUGGACUUGACCGAGCACCUCCAAGUUCUCAACCCAAUGGCCCAGGCUCUCAAGCCACAGAGUUCCCCACUAACGCUACAGCCCCCACUCCCCACUCCUUGAAGCUGCCUCUGGGGGAGAGUUGCUCUUAGCUCGAUUGUUUUAGGCCUUAGUAGUUGAUGAUUUUGCUCCUGCCCCUUUGUGGAGCCUCAGUUGAAGCCCAGCAACUGCCCCGCCAAGCCCAAGACCUUUCCCCAGGUUUAACAGAGGAGUUUGCCUGAGCAGUGAGAGACUCAGGGCUUGAGGCUGGAGCCUAGAGGCAGCCCAUCACAUUCUCUCCAGCCUGGCAUGCAAUCUCUGGCAGCCAUCCCACUCUGUCCCCCUCAGGCCUCCCAGCUAGGAUUUCCCCCUCCCUGUGUACCUCGUGGGGUGCAAUAACCCUCUGCUGUGAAAACCACACCAUCAGUACACUGCCACAAACUGCAGGCUGUCCCUUGGUGUCUGACUCUGGCUUCCCAGCCGCAGUGUGUAACCAACCAGGGCUCAGACAAACCAGCUCUCUCUAUGCCCAAGGAUGGAAUUUCAUCAGGUAGUGACAAUAUUUUAGAGCCGGUGCGGGUGAGGGGAUGCCUGUGUCAAUGCUAGGUGAAGGAGCAGAGAGGAUGCCAAGGCAGGGGGCUCUGUGCAGCUGCCUCAGUAGCUAGGAAGUGACCAGCAGAGACUGAUGUGGUGCCGAUCCCUUGUGGACACCGGCCUCAUCACCAGGCCCUGGAGUUUGGAAAUAAUCACCCAAGAUUGCUCUGCGUCCUGCACACAACCCUGCCCAAGUCCCAUCCUCCACACACUUCAGAGCCGCCUGCUAGGAGCAGAGUGUCCUGGAAAGGGCAGGAAACAUACCAGUAUCCUAGGGGGUUGUUCCACGCCAUGCUUCUUGUUUGCCAGAGGGCGAGCUCAGCUUCCAGCCCAGCUGCACUCCCUCCCCACCUCAGAGCCACCUCUGAGAUCUCUCAACCAAGCAAAGAGUAAACAGCCGGGAGAAUCUCCCUUCCAGACAGGGCAUUGAUCAAAGGGGAUCCAAUGAGCCUAUGUUUGGAUCAGCUGGCCUGUCUCGGGCAGACUCUUACCCAGCAGGGCAGGAGUGUUCUAGAGGGGUGAGCCAUGCUUUUCUCUGAAACAUCAGGUGUUGGCAGGAUAUUGGCCUGACAGCCCGCCCCUAUACAUGGAUGUCUGUGGGAGCUCCCUAUGUGGGGCACAUGCAGGACAGUCUAGUGGUCUGAUCACCCAUCCCAUCUGGGCUACAGCACUUCAUAUGCCUCCAGGAACAAACCCAAGGAGCUAACAAUUUCCUUUGCUUUGGGGGUCUUUUUAAAACUCAGAAUAACCAGCGGUCGAAUAGGGGAAGUGGCCCAUUAGCCAAAUGAUUUCCUGGUCUGCUGCUCCUUUCAGUCCCCCUCCUGGGUCCUUUUUCUACUGUGCCCCGUGUCUGCUUUGCAGCGCUGGCCUGAGACCCACCCCCCUGCGCUUUCCCUUUCCAGCCACUGCCCCACCACUACACUCUGUCGGGAUGUAAAGAAUGUAAUUUAUUGGGAAAUCCCUGGUCCAUACUUGCCUUUCACUGCUACUUAUAUGACAUAUCUAUAAAUAUAUAUAUAUAAAUAUGGAUUUUUUUCUGACUUGAAUACAGUGAUUCCCCUUUCUCUGUUUAUUUUUUGCUGGUGUCGGAGAUUCCACGUGAGAGUGAUUUUUUGCUUAUAAUUAAAGGUGAAAUGGCUUUAUUCAACA